GAGUAAUGAUUCAGUUCACGUACAUCUUUUACCAGUUCAGGACCGAUUUUCUAUUCUAUCUUUUACUUUGCAUUUCGUGUGUCGGUCGUUGAAUUUAAUUUUUUGCUAAAUCAGUCAGUGCAGUUAAAGAAUGACUACCAAGUUUAUCAAUCCGAUCCCACGGAAAGCAACGACCAGUAUGUUUUUGGAAGGUGAUUUGUCCGACCUGAAAUUCGCUUUCGUGGUAGAAAAUGUAACAAAAAUAUUACCGGCACAUCAAUGCAUCUUGGCACAGAAUAGCUCAGUGUUUCGCAAUAUGUUCAAUAGUUCAGUGCCCGAAACAGAGGUCACUAUUAACAUUGUCGACGCAUCUUACAGUGAAUUCGAAGAAUUUCUGCAAUUCUUUUACCGAGAGGAAGUAGCAUUGACCAUGACAAAUAUUGAAGGUGUUGUUCGUUUGGCUGAUAAGUAUGACGUGACCGAGUGUUUGGAUAUAUGUGUCACGUUUUUGGAGGGCCAGUUGACGUUCGCUAACCUGUUUUUGAUCUAUCAACUGGCCGAAACGUUCAAUAUUUCCAGACUGACAACGCUUUGUGAGGAUAAGAUCCAGUAUUCGACGUUGGAAAUGCUAAAAUCGUCUGCAUUUUUGGACUAUACCAAGGAAGUGUUGAACAGCAUUUUACUGAUGGACGGAUUGGCGUGUACCGAGUCUCAUUUAUUUGAUGCUUGCAUUGAAUGGGCUAAAAAUUCCUGCCGCAAAAAUGAAUUGGACGAGAGUGAAGCGCAGAAUUUGAGACAACAACUCGGGGACAGUAUAUAUUUGAUACGGUUCCGUGCUAUGAUUGGUGAAGAGAUCGUACAGAUCAUGACCAAUAAAUUUUAUGCUGGACUGUUUAGCCAUAAAGAACUUGUUGAGGUGUUGUGCUUGAGAAACGUGGCUGAUUUUAAGUGUGAAACUUUCUGUCCAAAAACACGAGCCAUUCUAUCGUUUCAACUGAACAGAAGUCCGGUACUGAUUUGUAGAGGUGGCGAAUGUCACGUCGAAAUUAUUCGGAAAGAAAGCGAAGUUUUUUUUCAAUCUAACGUUCCGGCUUUAUUGAACGAAAUUCAUUUUUUGGCUAUACUCGAACUAACAUCUUUGAAGUUCAGCAUAACAUUAACCGAGAACAAUGUGCCGAAAGUUUUGUUCCAUGGAUCGGUAACGUACGGUUCAUUCAAUUCGGUCGGGCCGAAGUUAUCUCUCACGAAAGUCGUCCUAAUCAAACCUAAUACAGUCUACCGAAUUAGUAUUGCUACCGACGGUUUCAACGGUACCUUGCCUAACACAGUAAUUGGUACUGCGGAUACAAGCGAUCUGAUGAAAGAUGUCCCACUAAGUUUUGUCAACGAUCCAUCUAUGCCACCACCGACAAGGAAGUGCAGCGUAUCAACGUCCAUUGUGAAGGCUUUGUAUCUUAAACAAAUCUAAAGGUAACUUUUUCAUUUCUUGUAAAGACUUUAUUUUAAGCGCAACUUAAUAUGUAUAUCAAGGGGUUGGUAUUGGCAGGGUUCUUUCAGAACCUUGGGCAUUUGUAAAUUUCGUUAACUAAGGAUUUUCAAAAAGAAUGAAUAAACUACUC